CACAGCUCCGGUCACUUUUGUUAGCCCAGAGUUUAUCUCGUUAAUGCAGACAAACUAAGAGCUCCUAUUGGCUAACUGCCUGGCCCCACUCUUGGUGUGUGCAGUAUAAAAAAAAGGGAAUUUGUUUUUCCUUUGCUUGAUCCAGCCAGAAUCCAGAGCUAUUGCUACACCCGACAAUGGAACCGCUAGGAGCAACCACGGUGUUCCUGGUCAUUUGUGUCUCUUGCCUUCUCUUCCUCUCUGCGUGGAGAAAGACGCCUCGAAAGGGGAAGCUGCCGCCCGGCCCUGUGGCUUUUCCCAUCAUUGGGAACAUGCUGCAGCUCACGAAGACAAAUUUGCCCCAGCAUGUACUGGAGCUCAGUAGAACGUACGGCCCAAUUUUCACGAUCUACUUGGGCUCCGAGCGGGUUGUAGUGCUGCAUGGAUAUGAGAUUCUGAAGGAAACUCUGAUCGGCCUUGCAGAUGAGUUCAGUGCAAGAGGACGGAUGCCAUUAUUUGAAAAAAUGGCCACUGAAUCAGGUAUUGUUUUCAGCAAUGGGGAACGGUGGAAGCAGCUCCGGCGAUUUAUCCUCACUAGCCUGAGAAAUUUUGGGAUGGGGAAGAAAAGCAUUGAGGAGCGGAUCCUUGAGGAAACCCGUUUUCUGAUGGAAAGACUCAGAAACACGCACGGGCGGCCCUUUGACCCCACCCUCUUCCUCACCCACGCCGUGUCCAACAUCAUCUGCUCCAUCAUCUUCGGGGACCGGUUUGACUAUGAAGAUCAGAAAUUUGUCACUUUAAUCAACAUCAUAGAGGAAAAUGUCAAUCUUCAGCGCUCUCGCUGGACAGCCCUGUAUAAUUUUUUCCCGACUGUCAUGGAUUACGUCCCUGGGCCUCACCACAAGCUGUUUAAAAAUGCUGAGAAGUUCAGAAAGUUUGUUCUGGAGAGGGUGAACAUGCAUAAACCGUCCCUGGAUCCCAAUUGCCCUCGAGACUUCAUUGACGCUUUCCUCAUCAAAAUGCAAGAGGAGCAAAAGAAUGACCAGUCCAACUUCAGCAUGGGAAGUUUACUACGAAGCACAGUAGAGCUCUUUAGCGCCGGAACAGGGACAACCAGCGUCACUCUACUCUUUGGGCUCCUGAUUCUUCUGAAAUACCCAGAAAUAGAAGAGAAAGUUCACAAAGAGAUUGACCGGGUGAUUGGGCGAAGCCGAAGCCCCUGCAUGGCGGAUCGAAGCCAGAUGCCCUACACAGAUGCCGUGAUACAUGAAAUCCAGAGAUACAUCAAUCUUGUCCCAUUAAGUUUGCCACAUGCUGUGACUAGAGAUGUUCAUAUCAGACAGUAUCUUAUUCCCAAGGACACCACCAUAUUCCCUGCAUUGAAUUCGGUUCUAUAUGACAGCAAGGAAUUUCCUAAUCCAGAGCAGUUCAAACCGGAACACUUCUUGGAUGAAAACGGUGCCUUUAAGAAGAGUGACUACUUCGUGCCUUUUUCUGCAGGGAAACGGAUUUGUGUGGGAGAAGGCCUGGCUCGGAUGGAGCUCUUUUUGAUACUGACCGUGAUCUUGCAGAACUUCACCUUGAAACCUGUUGUUGACCUCAAAGACAUUGAUAUUACUCCAGUAACGACUUUUGUAUCAAAUGGACCAAAGUCAUACCAGCUCUGUGUUCUUCCUCGAUAAUGGUUACCUCACUAUCCGAACCUGUGCGUCAAUUUGAUUCUCUUUGCUUCUGGACUCAUGAAUUGAAACACAAAUCACUAGUCUUGUAUGUAAUUUGGAUUUAACAAAAUGAUGUCAUAUCAAAAAUUAACCAUUCAACUGACUCAGUUAGUCACAUACAAUAGCACUGUCGUGUUCUCAGACACGCUGAUGUAUGAACAGAUGCUGGAGAUGUAUUUCUAUCAUUUGUGGAGUUGCUGAAAAUCUAUGGAAAAUUCAUUAGGCAGCUAUAUGGCUCCUUUGUUGACAAGGGGUUAGUAACAGUGUUCAGGCCUUCCACUCUGACCAAUCAAUGAGAAUAAAUUGUGAUGAUGUCAUG